AUGACCAACAACAUGUAGAUAUAUCUCCAACUAUUAUUCUUGUUUAUAAUAUACAUAUACAUAUGGGGUAUUUAAGUAUAAUUCUGGCAUCUAUAGAUAUUUCAAUAAAUUGUCUACUUAUAAUUAUGCAGUCUAUUUGAUUGGAUUAAAAAUUUCAAUUUUUUCUUUUAAUGAUAUUCCAAUUAAUUGUGGAAUAUAGUUUAAGAUUAAUAAUACUUAUUAUGGUUCUAUUUAUAGAAAUGCAUCUGGAAUACAAACUCAUAGAUUAAAAAUCUCUUAAAAUUUCUCUUUUGGAUCUUAUUUAACAUAUUCCUCAACUACAAGAUAUGAUUUAAUUACAUAUGUAGAUAUUCCUAAAAAUUCAUUUCUAUUUUCAGCAAUAGGAAAUUAUACGUAAAUAUUAAUUUAUUAAGAUUAGCGAUAACACAGCAGGAUGGGGAAUGUCUUAAAUUUAAAUUACUUCAGGAUAUUGUUCUUAAUACUGCUUAUUGUGUGAAGUACCGUUUAAAUGUAAGACAUGUUAAAUUGGAUUUUAUAAUUAUCGAGAUAGUAGUUGCAUAUAGAGUUGCUAAUCUCCAUAUUAAAGAAUAAAUGAAUCCUAUUGUUAUGAUUAUGAUGAUGAAACACCUUGUAUCUUAUUUAUUAAUUUUUAGACUCUUAAUAUUUAAUUUAAGAAUAUAUAAAUGCUGAAAAUGACCCUGGAUAAUAUGCAUAAUACAGUUUAAUUUCUAGCAGUGGAACAAACUUUUUAAAAGGAUCUGAUAUCUAUUACUCAUAUUUUUAAGGAAUAAGGGUUUUUGGAGGACCUUUUGUGUGGGCUUAAGCUAAAUUCUAAAGGAUUCAUGAUAUAGUAUCUCCACAUCAUAGUAUCACUAUUGCAUUUUAUAUCCUUUAUGGACCAAAAUUUCCUGGAGCUGGAAAAUUUAUAUAUUAAAUUGAAAAUAAUCCACCAGUUUCUUAAACAAGCGCUAAUUUUUAUUAAGAACAUUAAGAUGGAUCAAGAGUACUUAAAGUAUAUGAAAAAAUCCUUCAUAAGACAAAUAAAUUAACAAUCACUUGGGAAUGUUAAGGUUCAACUAAUGAACCGAUUGAAGCUUAUUGUGGAUUCUAUAAUUAUUAUAUUGCUGUUCAUAAUUGUAAACCUUAUUGUUCAUCAUGUUCAGAUUAAACCACAUGCAAUACAUGGAACAGCACUUAUGAUGCUAGUAUUGUUAAAUUAUCUUAAGCAGAAUGUUUAAUCAAUUAAUUUUAUGAUAAAGAUUCUGUUAGAUGUUUUGAUUGUCCACAAUCUUGUUUAACAUGUAAAUCAAGAAUAGAUUGUUAAACAUGCUCAUCAACUUAUACUUAAACUAAAUCUGGAUGUAUUUGCAAAAUGAAUCAAUAUGAAGAUUCAAAUCAAUGUUUUGAUUGUCCAAUUGAAUGUAAUUAAUGUUUAAGCUAUACUUAUUGCAUAGAAUGUUUAAAUAGUAACUUUAGAUAAUUAUCAAAUGGUUAAUGCAUUUGUAUGGAUGGAUAUUAUCCAAUUUUAUCAAAUCCUCAAUGUUAAUUAUGUCAUUAACUUUGUAAAACUUGUGUAGGACCUUCUUUCAAUGAGUGUUUAACUUGUAAUGGCAUUUCUAAUAUUGAACAAGACGGAUCAACAUGUAGAUGCCCAAUAGGAUUUAAUUAUUAGGAUGAAAUAAAAGGCUGUUCCGUUUGCCAUUAAUCAUGCUUAACUUGCUUUAGAACAACAAUUGAUGGUUGUUUAACAUGCGAUUCUAAUCAAAAUAGAAUAUUAAAAGGAUUAAAAUGUACAUGUUCAUCUGGUUAUUAUGAAUAUAGCAAUAUCUGUACACGUAUAAAUAAUAAUGAUAAUUAUAGAUUGUCCAUAUAUAGAAGAUUCAUCCCUAAGUUAAUGUUAUAAAUAAUGUAAUACUAAUCAAUAAAUAUGGCAUACUAUUAAAUGCGAUUCUUGUGAUUCUGGAUUUCAAUUAAUAUCUGGAGAAUGUUAACCCAUUUGUGGAGAUUCAUUAAUAAAAGGAUAUGAAUAAUGCGAAGAUAAUAAUCUAAUUCUAAAUGAUUUAUGCUAUAAUUGUUAAUUUUAAUGUCCAAGUCAUUGUUUAACUUGUGAUUAAUCAACUAUUUUACCUUGCCCUGAUGUUUGUGGAGAUGGAAUUAUAACUGGUAUUGAAUAAUGUGAAGAUGGAAAUACUAUUUAAUAUGAUGGAUGUUUUAAUUGUAAAUAUUAAUGCUAAUCUUAAUGUACAAAGUGUAUAAAAGGACAAUGUUUUGAAUGUGCAACACCAGGAUGGUAUAUUGACCCAACAGUUACUCCUUGGUAAUGCAAGGAAAAAUGUGGAGAUUAAAUAGUAGGUUAAAGUGAAUAAUGUGAUGAUGGAAAUUUCAGUGAUACAGAUGGUUGCAAAGAUUGUAAAUUUUUCUGUAGAAUUGGUUGUUCUUCUUGUGAUUACACUACCAAUACAUGCUUAAGUUGUGAAUUUACUGGUUUUAUUCCUAUUUCUUUCUAUUGUCAAAAUAAUUGUGGAGAUGGUUUAGUUGUAUAAGAUCCUUAUGGGUUCUAUUCAGAAUAAUGUGAUGAUGGUAAUACGAUUAAUGAUGAUGGUUGCAAUACCUCUUGCUAAUUUUAAUGUUAACCAUCCUCUAUUUGCACUAGUUGCAUAAAUAAUAGAUGUGAAAUAUGCAAUACAGGGUAUUAGCUCUCUAAUGCUAAAAUAUGUAUACCAAUUUGUGGAGAUUCGAUGCUAUUAGUUGGUGAACAAUGUGAAAAUUCAUCUAUAUUACCAUAUAAAGGUUGUAUAAAUUGCUAAGCUCAAUGUUAAAGUUCUUGCCUUACUUGUAAUACUUCUGGACUUGGUUGUUUAUCAUGUAAAAAUGGUUACAAUAGAAUUGAUAAUUUAUGUUAUUCAUUUUGUGGUGAUAAAAUAAAAACAGAAGAUGAAGAAUGUGAUGAUGGUAAUUUAAUAAUUGGAGAUGGGUGUCAUUUCUGCUAAUUUACUUGCUAGGAUUCAUGUCUUAAUUGUAUUUUAGGAGUCUGUUAUGAUUGUAAAGAAGGGUAUGAAUUAAUAUAAUCUAAAUGUUACUCUAUUUGUGGAGAUGGAGCUCAAAUAUAUAAUGAAUUUUGUGAAAUGAUCAGCUCAUUGCAGAUCCAUCAGAUAUGUAAAUCAUGUUAACUAAGUUGUGAUUUGAAUUGUAGCUUGUGUUAAUUUGGUAUUUGUUAGCGAUGCUAAGAAGGAUUUGAAUUAUCCUCAAAUUAAUAACAUUGUAUUAAAUCUCUAUAAUAUACUUCUACAAUCAUUGAAAACUGUUAAUUUUAAAUUGGAAAUAGUUGUAUUUAAUGCGAAAAUUAUUCAUACUUUGAUAAAUUUGAAUAAAAGUGCAAUUUUAAUGUAACCCCAUUGAAUUUUUGUCAAUAUUAACUUAAAUUAUCUCCAGAUUUAUAUUGUAGUUAUUGUUUUGAUUAUUGUUUAUCAUGUAAUGAUAAUAAUUGUAUAAUUUGUCAAAGUGGCUAUUAUUUAGAUGAUAACUUUUCUUGUAUUUCAUCUUGUGGAGAUAAAAUACUUGCACAUGAUGAACAGUGCGAAAUGGAUAAUUAAAAUUGUUUAAGCUGCAUGUUUGAUGUACCAAAAUUAUGUGUAUUGUAUUUUGAAGAAAUUUGUUAUUAAUGUGAACAUGGAUAUUAUAUUAAUUAAUUUACCAAUAUCUGUGAAUCAAAGUGUGGAGAUGGAAUCAUAGUCCAUGAUGAAGACUGUGAAGAUAAUAAUUUUAUAGAAUUUGAUGGUUGUUACUAUUGUAAAUUUUCAUGUAGCUAAUAAUGUUUAAAUUGUUUAAAUGGAGCAUGUUUAGAAUGUAAUAAAAAUUAUUACCUUUGGAAUGGAUUUUGUUAUAUUAAUAAGAAUGACAUUGAUGGUUAUCCUUAAUGUGAAUUAUACUUAAGGGGAGAAUGUUUAAUAUGCUCGAAAUAUUAUAAAUUAAAUGAAUAUGGUGAUUGUAUUCCUGAUUGUUAGGAAAGCUGUCUUCAAUGUUAUAAUAAUAAAUGUUUUCAAUGUACAGAUAAUUACGAACUUAACGAGAAUACAUGUAUUUUAAUAUAGUAGUGCUUUGAAAGUUUCUACUUCAAUUAAGAAUUAUAAAUUUGUGAAUCUUAAUGUGGUGAUGGAUUUAUUAAUGGAUGGGAAGAAUGUGAUGAUUAGAAUAUGCAAUAAUUUGAUGGUUGCUAUUAAUGCAAAUAUGAAUGUGAUAAUAAUUGCAUUUAAUGUAUAUAUGGUGAAUGCUUAUAAUGUUCUUAAGAGUUUAAUUUAAUUGAAAAUAAAUGCCAAUCAAAAUGCUAAGAGACUUGUCUUAAUUGUGUUUAAGGAGUAUGUUAAUUAUGUAUUAGCGGCUAUUUUUUGAAUUAAUAUUUAAAUUGUAUAAAAAUUAACUGUGAAUAUGAUCAUAGUAAUACUUCGGAAUGUGGAUAUGGUAUAAUUGAAAAUCUGGAAUAGUGUGAUGAUUAAAACCUUAUUAAUAAUGAUGAUUGUAAUAAUUAUUGUGAAUAAAAUUGUGAUAAUAAUUGUAAUAGUUGCAUUGAUGGUGUUUGUUAUGAGUGUAAAGAAGGAUGGAGAUUAAAUACAUUCUUUUGCUAUCCAAUUUGUGGAGAUUAAAUUGUAGCUGGAAAUGAAGAAUGCGACGAUGGAAAUUAAAUUAGUUUUGAUGGAUGUUUUUAAUGUAAGUUCUAAUGCACUCAAUAUUGUGAAAUAUGUUUAUAUGGAAUAUGUCAAUCAUGUUAAAUUAAUUAUGAUUUAGAUUAAUUAAAAAAUUCAUGUAAAUCAAUACAAUCUUUACUUACAAUUUUUGCGUAACCUAAUUGUAGAUUGUUAAACAAUAAUUAAUGUAUUAUUUGUUAAAUUGGAUAUCUAGAUUUAAUUACUAACACUUGCAUUAUUGAUUAUAAUAUGAAUAAAUGCUCUAAGAAUUGUAAAUAAUGUUUACUUUAAUAAUGUCUAGAAUGUGAAUAUGGAUAUUAUGGGAAUAAAUGUAUACCUAAGUGCGGAGAUGGUAUAAUAGUUUAGGAAGAAGAAUGCGAUGAUGUGAAUUAAUAUCAUAUUGAUACAUGUUUAAAUUGUAAAUAUCAAUGUCCUCAAUAAUGUAAGUAAUGUGCUUAUGGAGUUUGCACUCAAUGUUUUAUUGGAUUCUAUUUAGAUAUUGUGAGUAAUUCUUGUAAUUCAAUUUGUGGUGAUAAUAUACUAGCAAAUGAUGAAGUCUGUGAUGAUGGUAAUGAAUUAAAAUAUGAUGGCUGUUUCUAAUGCAAAUAUUAAUGUUAAAUUGAGUGUUUAAAUUGUUAUUUUGGAAAAUGUAUAUCAUGUGAAUCUCCCUUAAUAGUAGUACAAUUAAAAGGUAUUUGCGAAUAAUUAAAAUAAUGUGAAGGUUUAAUAGGAUUUUAUUAUGAUAAUUAUAGUAAUGAUUGUUAACCAUAAUGUGGAGAUGGCAUUGUUGUAGGCAAUGAAUAAUGCGAAGAUUAAAAUAGUAUUCCUUAUGAUGGAUGCUAUGAUUGUUAAUAUUAAUGUCAUAUAUUGUGCACAAAUUGUUAGAAAGGAUCAUGUUUUGAAUGCCAAACAGGAUAUUAUUUAAAUGGAUAAUAAUGUGUAACCAAAUGUGGAGAUGGUAUUAAAAAUGGAGAUGAAUAAUGUGAUGAUCAUAAUGAUAUUCUUAGAGAUGGUUGUUCUUUAUCCUUUUUAUAAAUGUGAAUAAGAUGUAAAUUUAUUAACUUUUUGUUAUAAAUGCUAAGACAAUUGUGAGAAUUGUAUAUUAAAAAUGAAAAGAGUAGAAUGCUAGCAAUGCAUAAAGGGAUAUUUCCUUAAAGAUAAUGGAUGUAAUUAGUGUUCAGAAAAAUGUGAGGAGUGUCUUAAUACUCCAAAUAAUUGUACAGUAUGCUCUACAAAAGAUUGUAAGAAAUGUGAUAAUAUCUCUGGGUUUUAUUUAGAUAAAUAAUAAAAAUCUUGUGUUACGAAAUGUGGAGACAAUAUUAUAGCUGGAAACGAAUUAUGUGAUGAUGGUAAUAAUAUUGAUAAAGAUGGUUGUAAUUCUAAAUGUGAAAUUGAAAAAGAAUUUGUAUGUAAAGGAGGUAUCUGCUAUGUCCCACCUAAAAAAUAAAUUGGAUUGACAUAUUCUAAUUCAACUACAGCUAACAAUUUUGAUUUAAUCUUUGAGGAUCUUGAAAUAGAUGGUAUUUGUAAAAAAUUAAAAAUUUGGAUAGAACAAUUCUAAUCAAAUGAAUUUAAAUAUGAAGUUUUUUAGAAAGAAAAUUAAAAUUAAUUAGGAUAAAAUAAAUGUGAAAUCAAGUUUAAUUUUUUUAAAACCUUAAUGGAAUUUAAUCUUAUUCAUUUAAUAAUACCAUUGAGAGAUAAUGUAACUAGAAUUCUUGAAGAAGAAAUUAGAGAAAUUGUUGUUACUCCAAGAAGAUUAAUUUAUUAUAAUGAAGAUUAAAAAGCUUAAGCUUAAAGUGUUGUAGCAGCAUCUUCUAACUUAACUUUUCUACUUUAAUUAAUUGGACCUUUAACAAUUGUUCUUGGAGGAUUCAAUUUUUUUUGGACGAUCUUAGAUAUUUUGACUUGGAUUAAUAAUUUUUAUUUUCUAAAUGUAGAUUACCCUAUGAAUGUUAAAUUAUUUUUUAAUUAACUUGAAUGGGGUGAUAUAAUUAAUAUUCCUGAUUUUAUCACACUAAAUUCGCCAGAUGAUUCUUAUUAUUUUGAAGCACCUCCAAAAUUUACUGAAAAAGAUGUCAAUCCUCUAUUUUUAAAUAACAUUUAAUUAUUUUGCGGAUUAAUUUUAUUAGCAAUAAUAGGUUAUAUUUUUUCUAUUUGUAUAGUAUCAAUAAUUGAAAAUAAAUUUAAAUCAAACAAUUUAAAAGUACAUAAAAUUGAAAUAUUUUCAGUUAGUGAAAUGAACUAGAUCAAUAAAAUUGAAAUAAUAUCAACAAAAAAAUAACCUAUUAAACAAUUUAAUUUUUAAAGUAAAGAAAUGCCUUAUUUAAUAAAUAUUAUUUACGAAGAUAUAUUAUGGUUUAAAGAGAAUUUUAGAGCUAAAUUACUUUAAAUUAUUGGAUUAGUGUUUUUGGAUAUUUGCUUGGCUUGUACUCUUUAAUUAUAAUAUAAAAAAAAUGAAGAUUCUACAAUUAUAAAAUUAAAUAUUUUAUUAGCUGUUAUUGGGAUUAUUUUUAUAAUGUCAGUUUUUAAAUUAUAUUCUUUUGUUUGUUCAUAACAUGCAAUUUUGUACGAGGCUUAAAAAUUUAAGAAUUAUUAUUCAUCAUUGUAUGAAGGCAUCAAUACAAAACAAGUGUUAGCUAGAAAUUAUUGUUAUGUUAAUUUAAUGAGAAAAGCCUUUUUUAUAUAUUUUACAGUUUAUUUUUAUGAUGUACCGUUGUUAUAAACGUCAUUAUGUUGUUCAAUUUGCUUUUUAAAUUUAGCUUUUAUUCUGUAUCAGAAUCCAUUUGAAAAUAGAACUAUCCUUAUUUAAACCUCAAUACCAGAUUUCUGUAUUUUUAUAAUAAUUUUUAUUACUGUUUUAUUAGCUAUUCAUGAUGUCAGCGAUAUUUUUUCAUUUGAUUAAAAAUACUUCAUAGGAUGGGUAAUAUUAUUUUUUAUUGGAUUCUCAAUAUUUGUUUAAUUGAUCUUUUUGUUUUAAUAGUUUUACUAAUAAAUGAAGGAGAGAUUGAUAAAAUUAAAGGAUUAUGUUUGUAAAUAAAAAAUUAAAAAGAAUUGA